UUUUUUUUUUUUCACUUUUAAAAAUCAAAGUGUACAGUUUAUUAUUUAUUUAUUUAAAACGGUAUUUGGGUUUGAAAAAGCUUGGCUCCUUAUCCAAUGAUGCGCCAAUCGAGACGUAGCCUAAGUAUAAGAGAAGACUAUGAAAAAAUAUUAAUGUUAAUUAAAUGUUAACAUUUAUGUAAAAAAAACAAAAAAACAACCGAACUAUAGAAAAAUAUAUUAUUUUCAAAGGUUUAGUCUCGAUUAAUUAAUGUUUCAUUAUCUAAUAUUUCUAAAACAAUCGUUUGUUUUGGUUGUUUGAGUUGCUUUCUCUUGUGAUAUCUGGCAACACUUAAACAGAUCUCUUCCGUUCAUGUCUAAAUUUGUUCAAAACCACCUUUUUUUAGUUUCGUAUAUUUACAAUAGGCUAUAAUUUUAAUCGUCUUCUUGAAACAUAGCAAACAGUUAAGGAAGGGUUGAUGAGAAAGUUUCCUGUCCUUAUGAACUUUCAUGAGCACAAUAGCCUACUUGGACUUCCGAGAAAGUACAGUCCGCGUUUACAGCCUAUGCAAAGUGAAAGCUUGCAUAAAGGUCGUCUAAAGGUGCACGCUGUUUGCUCCCUGUAGAUGUGUUCAACUGUGGGUUACAGUUUUCUCAGCCUAACUACAUACCUGCGGUCUUUGCAAAACAAUGGACUUUCAAAAGUAUUUGGCACGUAUCGGCUGUUCGGGUGCAUGUCCUCCGACACUGGAGACAUUGCGAUACGUUCAUCUGAGUCACUUAAUGACCGUCCCCUUUGAGAAUCUCACUAUUCAUAUCGGAAAACGGGUCAGGCUUGAGUUGCCACUUUUAUAUGAAAAAAUCGUUGUCAUGCGGCGCGGAGGGUUCUGCUUUGAGAAUAAUGGGCUCUUCUCAUGGCUUCUGUCUCAGAUGGGCUUCGACGUGACUGUUCUCUCCGGUCAGGUCAGGAAUCGGUUCACCGGUGCUUACGGACCUCCGUUUGACCACUUCAUCAUGAUGGUGAAGCUGGAUGGACACAGAUGGCUCUGUGAUGUAGGCUUCGGCUCCGGAUUCCAGCUCCCUCUCUCUCUGGAGACAGACAGUCCUCAAGUUCAGAGCCACGGGGCGUAUCGCCUCAGAUCUCAGGGAAACUUCAUUUUCAUGGAAGUGAAAUCUGAGACUGAAGUGGCAGGGGUUGGAGAGGAAUGCUGGACGGAACAGUACAAAUUCACCCUGGAGCCACGUGAAAGAGAUGAUUUCAGAGCCAUGUGUGAUUACCAUCAGAGUUCUGCUAGCUCGAUUUUCUUCUGCAAGUCUCUCUGUUCACUCUUACUGCCCACUGGAAGAAUCACAAUCAUGGGCCGCAGACUGAUUGUAACCAGUUUGUCCUCAGUGGAUGGACAGCAAGAUACAAAAACCACAAGAGAUCUUUCAGAUGAAGAAAUCACAGAGUUGUUGAGAGAAAAGUUUGGAAUUGUUCUUCAUUGUCCACUCACUCCAAAAGAUGUUGAGAUUGUACCACCACCAGUUACUUAUUAAGGAGUUAUUUAAACACACAAGGCAAUAUUUAAUUAUGAAUUAAAUUACUUUGUACUCUAAGUCUUGUAACAUCACUCAGGGCAUUAAUGUAGGCUAUUUGUAAUAAUUUUUUUGUAGAUUAAGAUGUUGAAAGCUAUUCUUUGAAGUGCUUUUUCCAAUGAGUAAAAAUAAUUUUAAGGUCAUUUAUAUUUAACCAUCAGACAAAAUAUGUCUUCU